AAGCUGUAUAGUUUCAGCAGUGCUGCUUCUCUUGCCAAAGGUGUGAAGAAAGGUGUGUUGUUCUUCUUCUCUACUGCGAAUAAUAAUGGCUGCGCCGUGACUCGUGCGGCCAGGCCAAAAGAGUUGAAGAUAAUCGGUACUUCGUGUAGUCGUGGUUUGUUGGUCGUAGUUUUAUCAAUUGAAGGCGUUUUUCCACCAGAAGAGCAGCAUCGGAGUCAGUCUGUCAGUAGCAGAGUAGCAGUACUAGCAUUAGCAGCAAGAGAGCGAGCGGAAAAAUUGUAGUAAAAGCUCUUCAUAAGCAAGCAAGAAGAGAAGUGUGGAAAGGCGAAGAAAAAAAAAUCGAACCAGAGCAAGGUGCAUUUUCGUUGUUCAAUCGUUCGCCGCGACCGCCGUGGAAAAUCCUGUAUCGCGUGUAUUUAUUUCAUUUCCGGAAAAGAGUGCGAUUUUUUCUUGAGAACGGCAAGCGGACAACUCGGAUUACUCGGCUGGUUCCGCUAUGGAUCUGCGGGACGUCGCUCGCCAGCAGUUGCAGAAAUUCCCGUCCUCAGUAACCGCAGACAACGACGACGAUCGCAGUAGCAGCAGCAACAGCAACGCCAAGAUGGACUCCGUAGCCGUCGUCGUGGUGGAAACCGAGCGCUGCUAGCUGAGAUCAGCUCUUUUUUCAGCGCAGAUAGAAAUCGGAAAUCAGUUUUUUUUCGCAAUCGUUGGAUAAACAAAACGUGCUGUGCAAAGUUUAUAUGAGUCUACGAAAGCUAAUCGACGAAGAAGAUAACAACAACCAAGUGUGUAUCGUGUUAUCGCAGCCAAGCUGCCGCCACUACUAAUAGCGGCGGGAUCGCUCGAGCCAGCGGUCGAAGCGUUCAGAGCGAUAGCCGCAUCCAAAAGGGUCAGUGCCGUCGUCGGAGGUGGUGGUGACGUACGGAAAGCAGCUAAACGGGAAAGUGACAGAACAGACCGACGGCGUAGACUGCUGGAGAGAGUCGCUGCCAAGCGACCAACGGCGCGCACUGGCCCGAACAUUCGGAAAGCCGUUGCACAGUCUGCGAUACUCAGCAGAAGAAAACGACGACGGCGAAAGCGAAGCCCUGGGGCUGGUGGACUCUUGGAAACGACAACGACCAAUAACAGUAGCACCCUUAGUACUGCAGCUGUCCGAUUUGACGUUCCCGUUGCGAAGAUGGUCGUAGCAUCGACUGGUCAUGGCAGCAGCAGCAGUAGCAACAACGGCAGUAUCGGUUCCCACUCGGUUACGGCCAACCACUCGAGCCAAACGCGAAGUGGCAGCGGGAGUAGUCAUCAGAGGGGAAGUCACCUUUCAGUACCCGCCAGUGGAACCGGGAUGACACCGAAGGAACUUUCGGACAAUGAUGACCUUGCGACCGGGCUGGUACUGGAUCCAAUUCUAGGCUUUCAAACACACAAGAUGAACCUGAAGUAUCGGCCACUGCGGGUUAACACCGAUCCGAUCAAGGACAUUCUGGAGGACUUUAUUCGAACACAGAAUUACGCAAAAUGCUACCAACAGCUGAUGAAAGGCAAUUGGAUUCCGCGAGCGGUGCUCAACAAGAGCAAACUAGCGCAGAAGCGGUUGGAGGCGCAUAUAUAUCGAUACCUGCGUGUGUUCGACCGGAAUGCGGGGUUCGUGAUAGAGGGCUGCUAUCGUUACUCCCUGGAAGGCCAGAAGGGAGCUAAAAUAUGUUCCACAAAAAAGUGGCUGAAGAACGAGAAAAUCGAAUGCCUGGUGGGUUGCAUUGCCGAGCUGACCGAGAAGGAGGAAGCGAUGCUGCUGCAUCCGGGUAAAAACGAUUUCUCGGUGAUGUACAGCUGUCGAAAAAACUGCGCCCAGCUAUGGCUGGGACCGGCUGCCUACAUCAACCAUGACUGCCGAGCGAACUGCAAGUUCGUUGCCACCGGAAGAGACACGGCUUGCGUCAAGGUACUGCGAGAUAUCGAGAUUGGCGAAGAGAUUACCUGCUUUUAUGGGGAGGAUUUCUUCGGGGAUAACAAUCGAUACUGCGAGUGCGAAACAUGCGAACGCCGGGGAACCGGUGCCUUCGCUAAGGACAAAGAUGGUGAAGAGCAAAGCCCAAACGGAGUGCGGUAUCGACUGAGAGAAACCGAUAAUCGACUGAAUAGACUAAAAAGCAAAAACACCCAAACGGUGGACAAUAGCAAAACGACGAUCGGGAAGAACGAACCCCCGUCUGCGUUGGGUACGCUCAGCAUGAAAGAGCUUCGCGAAAAAGGAAUGACCAAAUACGACGCGGAAAUGCUGCUGGCUCAGCAAAGCCGUCACUCGCCCAGGAAAAUGAUCUCCUCGGAGCCGGUUGAAACGACGCAAAAAACACCUACGAAGCCGACUUCCGGUGAGCUGACGGAGAAACGAGCGACACGCUCGUCGCGGCGAUUUCAAACCCCAAACGAAGAGAAAAGCGAACCAACUGGGACCCCGACUACUGAGGAAGCGGCCACGCCGGUCCCUCCGAGAAGCACACGAAACAAUAUGCGACCUCUACGGGAGAACGGCCGCCGCAGGUACAGCAGCAAUAGCAGCGCCAACACCGACAUCUCCAGCAUCCUCUCGUCGACGUCGUCCUUUGUAACGGCUCGAACGUCCAUUCCGACGGCAGCCGAGCGGAAGAUGAUGCCCCGUAGCAUGAAAACGGCAUCCACUGUUUCGACUGUCACCGAAGACGACGUUAUCGUGAUUGACGAUGACCACAACAGUAAUCAUUCGUUUGCGUCGAAAAGUAGCUGCAGUGGGAUUUCGACGCUUUCCAAGGGUGGUCCGCCGCCGAAGAACAGCAGCGACAACAACGAUAGCGUCUAUGUGUUCAAUGAUCUCCUGGAGAGUAAUCUUCUGAAUGACUACACACUGCGAAACUUUCAUCAACACCAAGCAGCAGCAGUUACGACGACAAAACGACGUUCAGCGCGUCACUCGCCAGCGGAAAAUUUCAGCCCCCGGGUAACGCGACGAAAGCAGCAGCUUCUGCUGGAAAAUCCCAGCCAACCGGUUUCGGUGUCAAAAAGUCCGAUUUCUCCUGCUUCACCAGAGGCAGCAACUCCGGCAACCAGCUCGGGCAGUGGGGACAGCUCCAACCGAGGCAAUCGGCGGAAGCAGAAACUGCAAACACGAGUCAUGCUGGCAGAUGAGGAAGCAGCCCUACAGAAGCAGGUCCAGGAGGCUGAGGAACUGGAACGGAUUGGUCGGUCCGGUAUGGGUCGCGUUCCGCGUCGAUUGAUGUUGGAUGCAGAAGUCGAUGAGGAAGAGGAGGAGGAUGAGGAGGAAGAAGAAGAAGAGGAUGAUGUGAUCCUGUCGAAAGUAACCCAAUGUGAUGCGAGUAAUAAGAAUAAACUGUUACGAAGUGGCGAACACGAAGAUGUUAUCGUGUUGAGCAGCGGUAGCAGCACCAACGGUAGUACUAGUGGUAGUGAAAGUAAUAGUCGUAAGCCAAUAAUAACAACUAGGGAUAGUAGAAGUGGUAGCGCUAGUGUAGACAAAGAUAACAGCGGGGAACAGGCGCAGCUUGUCUCGAAGACGACGGCGAUGCUUGGGUCGCGAAAACGCAAAGUGUCGAAAAGUGAGUCGGAAAGUAGUUCAAGCUGGGAGAACAAGAUCCCGGUGCAGAAGCAACAACUGUGUCACAUUCCCAAUCCGGAAACAUUGCUUAAGACGCCCGAACGUCGCCUAAAACUGACGCUACGCAUGAAACGCAGUCCGGUGAUUGACGAAAUUAUCGAAUCAGGUACGAGUCUGAGCGAUGACACGUGCAGCACUCACAACUACAAGCCCGAAUAUGAGGUUCUGCGGGUGGAAGGUAUAGCGGAGGAAAGUGACCGCGAGGAGGAGGAGGAAGAGGACGAUGAAGAUGACAAUGGUGAUGAGUUGGACGACGAAUUAACGUACAGCAGCAGCUGUAGCAGUAGGUUGUCUCAGAAGCGUAAAAAGCGUCACAAAUCGAAGGAAGCGCGAAGGCAUCGGAAGCGAGCCAAACGUGAACUUCGUCGUCACACUCAUCACCACCACCAUCAUCAUCAUCAGUCUUCGUUGUUUGGCCAACAGCAGCACCAGCAGCAGCAUCAACUACCGGCACCGGUCAUACUGCAACCGUCUGCACUAGGACCGGUGACGGCAGCUGUCACUGCUGCGGCUGCCUCCGCUAACCUAACACCCCAGAAGCGCUCACCAAUGCAGUUUCCUGCACCCACCAAACGGCUUCGGCUUAUAUUCGGCAACGAAACACGUACUAUCGACAUUCCACCGACCGCGAAAAUCUCCGCUUCGUCGUCUCCCUCCACAUCCAGCUCACUGCCGCUGUCCCCAGCAGUCAGUUUAACGCCAAAUAGUCUUAAUACUUCCACCGCUAGCAGCGGCAAUCUGCUUAUCAGCAACACUCCCGGGGUUAUCGUCAGUCCGACGCGAUCAUCGCUCGCAACCCAAUUUCCAUCCUUCAACGGAUACGCUGCCAGCACUUUCUCUCGAUCUCCUUCCACCACCAGCCAGCCUUCGUCGCAGCUUCUGUUCGCAAACAGUUUGAAUUCAGUUUCCUUUCUACAGAGCCCCAAUGUUCCUCAUCCCCACCAUAAUCUUUUCCAGUUUCAAACCCUGUCCAGCACACCAUCCGAGUCUCAGCAGCAGCAGCAACAUAAUGUCAUUCAACACACCGGAACCCUACUUCACAAGCAACAAUCCCCCCAACAACAGUCGCAGCAGCAAACCACGAUCCAAUUGAACCUCAACAGUCAUCAUCAAAACUCCAGGGGAUUCGGGGAAUUAGGUCAUCAUCUCACUAACAACUCCCAUCAUAAUCAUAACCAUCACCAUCCCCAUCACAACCACCAUCAUCUCCACUCGCAUCUGUCUCCGGUGUCUGCUGGUUCUGUAGCGAAUCCGCAAGUUAGCACCACACCAACCAAGUGCAGUCCUUAUCAGCAGCUUACGGCACUGACCACUGCGCAGCCCGGUGUGGCCACGUUCAACUGACGACUGCUGGGGUCCAGUCGGGGAGGAAUCGGUGGUAAAAUGCACCAGUAGAGGGAGACGACGGUGCGGAGCCUCGCGUUGAUUUUUGUUUAGUUUUUUUUUGUUUGUUUUGGACCUCUGCUUCCCUUUUCCUCCACAGAGACAGACAUCAUUAGGAACACAUCUUUGCUGCGCGUACUGCUGACCUCCAGCGUAUCAGCGGCCUUCAAAAGAACGACGAAAACGGCAUCGAAAGCGCUGAUUGGCUAAACCCUCACUCACUCACUGUCACGCGUUACGCGAGCAAGCAGCUCGUUCUUAUGGAAUUAGCCAAUACACAUACCCCCGAAAAACGCUAGACUUUACGCUGAUUAGAAAAAAGUUUGUUUCAUCGUUUAGUAGUCUCAUUUCCUAAUCAUCGGACGUAGGCAAAAAGAUACAUUGUAAAUAUAGCUGCUAUUCUCACCCCCUUCUCUUCUCCAUUGAGGAUUGGAGCACAGUUUUGUUUUUAACUUUUUGAGAAAACAGAGAAAAAAAUGUAGUAACAUCUCCUAGCCUAGGAAGAAAGAGGAAGACGAAUGUGUUCUAACCGCACCACACUGUUUAGUUUAGUACCCUAAUAUAUACCUAUAUAAUUUGUAUAGAUAAUCCACUAUUUCCUACUCGCCCGACUCCCACCACCCGAGAGUUCAGUUUUCGGUAAACUUCACUUUAGUAAAAACACUAGAAGCAUCAUUUUCGAUUGCUUGCCGCCGAUGUUUUGUUUUAUUUUACUCACUGGACAUUCUCCCCCACACUGUGGGGACACAUGUGUGUGGAUAGUGCAUUUAGUUGGAUUUGUUUUCUUGCUGAUUUCUGGUGUACUGUCCUAGAAGAAAAAAAAACGGGAAAAACCGGAGGAACGUAAACUGCUAUCUGGUGUUUAAAUGCAAAACAAAAUAAAACGAAGAAGAGAAGAAAACUGUUACACUUAAACAUUUAUCUAAAAUGUAUCGAGAGAGAGAAAGGUACAUUUGAAUAAGAUUUUACCUAGUACUGCCAGAAUAAAAUAAACACAUUAAAAUAAAAGUAGAACAGCUACCGCAAAGUCGAAUAGAAAGAGGGAGAGAGGUAAACGGCAGUGUUGUAUUCGUUCGUGUAGAUAGUAGCUUGUACUUUUUAGUAGAAGAAAGCGUACUCUCCGAUCUGUGUAGGGGCAAAUUUGUGUAAAAAAAAUCUUAGCUAGGUCGAUAGAAUACAACAAUGUUAUACGCGUAGAGAAAACGUACUUUUUGUUUCCUUGUACUUGUGGAACGUUCCGUUCUGCUUUCUCCUGUCCACGCGCGUUGGUCGACGAUGCAAGAAUGGCAAAACUAUACAAAAAAGAAAAAAACAUGUGUAAAAUAGCAUUGGUAAUCAAGCGGAAAGCACUAUGAUAAAUAAUUUUGUGAUAAAAGAAAACAUAAAUAAAAAUUAAACAAUUAUUAAGAAGGAAAAAAUAAUCUAAGUUAAAGCAAACUUUGUAAAAUGGUAAUAAUCAUUUACUACGCAUAAGAACCUACUACAUGCAGAAAAAAAAACAUACAAAGAAAAGCGGACGCUGAACAGCAGCGGAGAUAUUGGACAUAUACAAUUUGAUGAGAAUAAAUGAUUCAUUUCUUAAAUUUGCAAAAAUAAACACACAAAAAUCACGCAUAGUCUGUAGUAAAGCGAACAAGAUAAACAAGAACAAUACACAACACCUGAAAGGUUAAAUCACAUUGAAAUUUGAAGAAAGAAGACACACAAAUGAAAAACACAAUAGAACCAAGUACCAACUCUGCUCUGGUUCAGCAACGAGAAAACAAUGAAAAAUAUAUGAAAAGUAAAACAACUGAUUAAUUAA